UCGGUGUAUAGGGGGUCCUUAAAGAAAUUUAUUUUCAUUUCAGACUACCUAUCCAAAUUGCCACCUCAUAUUCUGGACAAAAUUUUCAUGCAUGUUCAAAAAGUAGAUUCUGAAUGUAAACUAUAUGAAGUUUGCAAAGACUUUAGAAACUGUGUUUAUUUCAAAAGAACAGAUUUUGUUGUCCAUGUUGAUGCUUUAUCUGUGCACUGUGGCAUUAAAUUUAUGCCAAAUUUAAAGAAAUUGACCAUUACCGCACUUAACAAUGUUCAGGAGAUAGCUCUUAUACCUGUCAUUGAGCUUUUUAUUGAUUUUGAAUUCAAGAAUUUAGAGAUUCUUAUCCUGAAAAAUUUUUCUUUCGAAAACUCCUUGUUUUCAGCAUUUGCUGAAGCUCUAUCACAUGUGAAAUUAUCAGCACUGCAGUUUGUGACAUGUGACGAGGUCACUCUUGGACAACUUAAAUGCAUUCUCGAACAAAUUAAAACACUGAAAUACUGUGACAUUCAGUGCAAUUUAGAAAAUGUUGUAGAUAAACAUGUUUUUGCAGAACUGGCCAAUCAGUUAGUUGGCGAAGUGAACUUUAAUUUGAACAGUCUAGAAAUGGUUCCGUCAAGUCUUUUGCAGUACAGACGAUCAGAGUACAGAGCUUUGUGGCCUAAAGGACAGUCUUUUUUGUGAGAAUUUUGCUGAUUAAGUGAUGUUUAGGUGUUAUUGUGAACAGUCGUUUAAAACAGAGUACUUAUUUUUGUUGGAAGAGGUUUUCUCGAUAUGAGGUUUAAGUUGUAAUUUAAUAUUCCUCAGACAAGACCCAGAAAUUCUGUGUAUUUAACUCAGGAAGAGAUUAUACUUUUUUAUUUUUGAAUUUUUUAUUCUAUGUCUCCAUAUACAUUUGUUUAUUUCUGUGC